CCUCCCAGGCCAAGUACAAAGCGCGGGAGGCGGCGAUGAAGGCGCAGUCAGAGAAGAAACACGGCUCAGAUAAAGAGGAGCGCGGGAAACUGCCCGAGUCUCCCAAAACAGCCGAGGAGAUCUGGCAACAGAGCGUCAUCGGGGACUACCUGGCUCGUUUUAAGAAUGACCGGGGCAAAGCGCUGAAGGCCAUGGAGGCCACUUGGAACAACAUGGAGAAGAAGGAGAAGCUGAUGUGGAUCAAGAAAGCGGCGGAGGAUCAGAAGCGAUACGAGAGGGAGCUGAGCGAGAUGCGGGCCCCUCCGUGCUCCACCAACUCCACCAAGAAAAUGAAAUUCCAGGGAGAGCCGAAGAAACCCCCCAUGAAUGGUUACCAGAAGUUCUCCCAGGAGCUGCUGUCCAACGGGGAGCUGAACCACCUCCCGCUGAAGGAGCGGAUGGUGGAGAUCGGCAGCCGCUGGCAGCGCAUCUCCCAGGGCCAGAAGGACCACUACAAAAAACUGGCAGAGGAGCAGCAGAAACAGUACAAGGUGCACCUCGACAUCUGGCUCAAGAGCCUCUCGCCCCAGGAGCGGGCUGCCUACAAGGAACACAUUUCCAAUAAACGCAAGAGCAUAGGGAAGAUCCGGGGUCCCAACCCCAAGAUGAAGCCAACGAUGCAGUCCAAGUCGGAGUCAGAGGAUGACGACGAGGAGGAAGAGGAGGAGGAAGACGACGAUGAAGACGAGGAUGAUGAUGACGACAACGGCGACUCGUCGGAGGAAGGCGGCGACUCCUCAGAGUCCAGCAGUGAGGAGGAGAGCGAGGACGGGGACGAGAACGAUGAGGAUGACGAAGAUGAGGAUGAUGAGGAUGAGGAUGACAACGACUCAGAGGGCAGCAGCAGUUCCUCCUCCUCCUCGGGGGACUCCUCCGACUCCGACUCCAACUGAUCCGGCCAAGCUCUUCGUAACGUCGUUUGGUUUCUCGGUUUCGGUCCCAAAUCCCACUCGCAGCCCCCCAAAAUCCUUCCUCUGCUUCCUCCUGACCCCCUGGGCGAGACACAGCCCCCCCGUGGGACCCCCAACACGAGGAACAGGGGUCGGGGGGACCCCUCCACCAAGCUCACACUACGGAGGGGGAUCAGGGGGCUGCCCCCCCCCGGCUGGGGGGCAAGGAGGGGGCCCCCCAUCCCUCCCCCCCGCUUUACUCCCGAGGGGAAGUGAUUUAUUUUUUUUUUGAAUUUCAUUCUUUUUGGGGAGGGGGGCAUCCCUACCCCCAUCACCCCCUCGCUACCAGCUCCGGACUUUAUAGAAAGAGAAGAAAAACACACAGGAAAACAAAAAAACACAAAACAAAAAAAAAGAAACAAACAACAGCACCCCCCC